AGUUAACUGAAGAAAAAAUCAACCAAGAAAAAGCUGCAUUGGCGGAGUAUUUUGAGACCUUUGCACGUGAAGCACAGUUUAAUUUGACAUCGCUUCUUUUGCAAAUAUAUGACGGUUUUAACAAUGGAAUACCCGAUGAUAAACCAUUUGAUUGCAUAUUUGGUACACAUUUCAUCUUUGAAAAAAUGAUGGGUUGUAGGUUUCGUAUAUCUCCUAGAGCGUUUUUUCAAACAAAUACGCUUGCUGCUCAGGUUUUGUAUGAAAAAUGUGGAGAAUAUAUAAAAGAGUUAUUUCCCGCUGAAAAAGAGUCUGCGAUGUUGAUUGACAUGUGUUGUGGAACCGGAACUAUUGGAAUUGCAUUGUCUAAAA